AUGUCGACCAACGGAGAAUUAGUAGCUUCAAUUGAAGCUCUCCUCGCAGAAGCUAAAUCAUACAAUGAAGAGCAACCAGAUCGUGUGGUGCGAGCUAAGAUGCUUGGCAUGGUAGAAGCGCUGCACUACCGACUGGAAAGCCCAGCGGAAGCUAUGUUCAGACAGCUCACCAAUUAUUCGGAAACAUCAGCUGUCCGAACUUUACGCCAAAUGGGAGUCUUGGACAAAAUACCCCGCCAGGAGCCAAUUACAGCCAAGCAACUCGCUAUUGUCACGGGGAAGAAUGAAGAAGUACUGUCUCGAUUAAUGCGAAUCUUGACCUCAACCGGAAUCCUAAAAUCGCACGGCGCCGAUACAUUCUCCCAUACACCCCUCUCCCUAGCAUACCUCGACACCCCAGAAGUCGAAUUCUGGGACCUAUGCGUCGAUGAAAUCGCCCCCGUAGCCUACUCCCUACCCGGCUACAUGACAACCCACAAACCCGACUCGAUCCUCAACCCGCGCCUCUCACCCUACUCAUGGGCCAACAACUCCGAAGGCAAAGUAUUCUACGAAGUGCUGCUCGACCAUCCGGACCGGUUAAAGCGCUUCAACACCGCCAUGACGACGCAGGAAAACGCGUUACCUGUCCUCGGCAUGUUCCCCUUUGCUUCCUUGCUGGAUAAAAGUGCAGAUCACGACCGACCGUUUAUUGUCGAUGUAGCGGGUGGGAAGGGUCAGAGUUUACUGCAGAUUAAGAAGGAGCUUGAGGCUGCGGGCGGAGAUAUGGGGCGGGGGAGAGUCAUUUUGCAGGAUCGGAAGGCGGUUCUGGAUGCGGUGCCUGAUGAGCAGUUGUUGGGGAUUGAGAAGAUGAUUAUUGAUUUCUUUGAACCGCAGCCUGUUAAGAAUGCGCAGAUCUACUACCUCCGCCGUAUAAUGCACAACUGGCAAGACGCCGAAUGCCUCACGAUCCUACACAACAUCGCCUCAGCCAUGGCUCCGGACUCGCGUCUCCUAAUCGGCGAAAUGGUCGUCCCAGAAAAGCCUGAAGGAGUCGAUAAAACGGUGUAUUGGAUGGAUCUCUGCAUGCUGAUUAUUGGCGGGAAGGAGAGGUCGCAGAAAGAGUUCUCGGAGUUGCUAGAUUCGGCUGGGUUGAGGUUGGUGAAGAUCUGGAGGCAGAUGGUGGGCAGUCAGACUGUUAUUGAGUGUUUGCUAAAGUGA